AAGAAGUGUAUUUACGGAAGUGGUACAGAUCCUCAGCAGCUAACCAAUCUCAUUUUUGGUGAUUCUCGGCUAAUAUGCAGUCAGACGAUCUCGUCACGUCUCUGAAGACUGAUUUGUCGAAAUCUUGCGGAACGGUUCGUGUUCUUGUGGGUGUAACAGGAAGCGUCGCAGCUUUGAAACUUCCAGUUUUGGUCUCCGCUCUUCUUCAGCUCCCCGGGGUGGAUGUAAGAGUGAUCACCACAGAGCAUGCCAAACACUUCUACAAUCCUUCAGAUGUUUCAGUAAAGAUCUAUACUGACAAGGAUGAGUGGGAGCUUUGGACAGACAGAUCCGACCCUGUGCUGCACAUUGAGCUGAGGCGCUGGGCAGACCUGCUGAUCAUUGCCCCUCUCGAUGCCAACACUCUUGGAAAGAUAGCUAGUGGCAUCUGUGACAACUUAUUGACAUGUGUGGUAAGAGCCUGGGACACCAGUCGACCUCUCCUCUUCUGUCCUGCUAUGAACACAGCUAUGUGGAUGCAUCCUAUUACGGCCCAGCAGGUAUCCAGGCUAAAAGAGUUUGGAUAUGUGGAAAUCCCCUGCAUAUCUAAGAAGCUAGUUUGUGGGGAUGAAGGUAAAGGCGCCAUGGCUGAGGUAUCGACUAUUGUCAGUGCUGUCAGGCAGUAUCUUCCAAAACCAGAUGAGUCGUCACAGAAAACAUGAAGGUUUCUUGCACAAAUCAACUGGUUGAUACAAACUAAUACUAAUAUUUUCACUCUUCGCUGGUGAAGAGAAUGUUCUUGAGUCGUGCAUCUAGUUGGAGCUGUUUUUCUGGAUAGAAAUACUUCUAUGCUUACUUGCAACCAGUGUCAGUCAACCACAGUAAAAACUCAAAAGUUGAAUAUGUGUAUUUUAACUGCUCACUGUCACCUGGACUUAAUGGAACCAUAUUGCAAAGAGAUAAUUUCCAUGCAGGGAUCGUCUGACAUCUCUACUCAUCUUUUUUAAAUUUGUGUUUCAGAAGUAAAAUAAUUUCAAUAAAAAGCCAUUCAAUCA